CCUCGGGUACUGACGCCGCCCUGGAUCCCCGUCCCGGUUCCCGGCUGAAGGGGUGCCGCGGUUCGCCAGUGACUGUCGGAAUCCGGAAAUGAUGAAAAAGCGCCUGGCGAGGGAAAAGGUUGCAUUUCUCCAGAGCAAAACAGCACAGGCGAUCAAAUCAAAGUGAGUGACUUCGGUAGAAGGUGGCAGCGGCCGGGGAUCGGGCUCCAAAGCGGCUGUUAGAAAGGAGUUUACCUGCAAUCAGGAAGGCAGCUGACUGUGAUCUGUAAGAGCUGACAUGUUUCGGACUUAAACACCCCGGGUGUGUGUUUAUUAAUGUCACUGUUACAUGUAGCGAGGGCCUGUACACGUCUAUCAGUUUGUAUUAACGCAAGUAUAAAUUAUUGAAAUACUGAUUAUAUAGCCUACUGUUGUUUUAAGGGCUGAACUAACCUUAUUAACUGCCCUGUCUUCAUCUUGUAGGUCUGUAUUGUAUUAUUGUAUGAAAUUAUUUUGUACAUGUUAAAAGAUCUAUGAUAAUCUUUCUCGGUAUAAUAUUUUUCGGAAAGUUACUUUCUUAUGUGAAAGGAAGGGUGGAUAAGAAUGUCCCAGGAGACAGCGUCCCCCUUGAAGAACGGCUCCUCCGUGCGGGAUGGUCUGCUUCUUUUUAACGAAGGAUGUGGCUUUGCAGACAGCCCAGCUGACUCGGAGGGAAGACCAGGAACCCUAGCUUCCGCUGAGGAAUUUCCAGGACCUUGGGAUCACGUGACCACUGGAAGUUCCACUAAUGGUGACCUCGUUAGAAAUCAGCCUGAGCCUUUGGACGUGGAAGCCGGCAAGGGAGGGGGCGGAGUCCCCCUGCACAGUCCCGCGACCCGGCCCAAGAAGCAGCCCGUGUCUCACAGGGUGCAGCACAAGCUCCGUUCCGUUGGCAGGGACAGGGGUCACUCUGUGGACUCUUUGCCAGAAGCGUGCUGUGCAUCCCUGGUGCUGUCCUGUCUGUUCUGCCGAUGCGCGGAGCUGUGUCUGCACCUGUUGGGGGCGCUCUCCGGUUGUGUACGCCCAGUGUGCCACUCCUGCUGCCCGGACUGUGGCCAGUGUUGUGCUCUGUGCCAUGAAUCCACCCAGGACCUGCACUGCCACAUCCACUGCCACUCUGUCCUCACCGGCCCCGGCUGUGAGUCAGCCGAAUGUCUGGAGUUCUGCCUCGAGUGCGUCCAGCUAUGCCAUCGUGGCUAGCAUAGGCACUUCCUAAUCGUCCAUCCGGCCAGUUAAAGGGUGUCGUUAAGUGCCAAGGCCCCCAGGAAGCAUCUCCCCUUAAUGCUGCUCUGUUCUGUCCCCGUGUGCGACAUGCGAGCACAGACUGCUGCGUGCACUGCGUGCUGGCCUGCCUCUUCUGCCAGUUCGACAGAGUGUGCGGCUCCUGCCUCUUCUUCUUCUGCUGCUGCUGUCGCUGCUGGCGUUACUGCGAACCCGAUUCCAGUGACCCAGAGGACGGAUCCGAUUGCACCUGCGAGUCUUGCUGCGGCCUAGUCGGAUCCACGGAAUGCCUGGAGUUCUCCAAGGAUUGCUGCGGGAUCUGCUUCCCCACGUAGGGCUGCCGGAAUUUCACCAUCAGCCUCCCGGCUUGUGAAGUGGCAGCCGGCCCCUCUGAUUGGAUGACUCGGGAAAGGACCGAAGGAGAGUGAAGCUUUUCAAAACAGGGGAGUAUUGAAAUGUUUUCAAGUGGCAUGUAUGCGGUUCUAACAGGGAUUUUUUGCUGCUGUGUUAGAGACCUACCCUAAAACAUUGUUACCAUCCAGCUAUUUUCUCCUUAGCCGGAUAAUAUUAAGGAAACUUUCUGAAUUCUCUGGCUAUGGUUUUAGCAUUGCUGGUUUCUGGUCCGUACUCGCUGCACCGUCACUGAUCCAUGGUGCCGCCCCCCCUGUACACCAGAAACGCACAGUGUGACUUUAGGCUCGUUUUUCUGUAACAUCGCUGCAGAACAACGGCAAACCCGGGCUGUGAGUAUCCUACUCCCCACGAAAACCAUAACGGGGAAAUUCACACACAUACAAAGCGCAAGUAUAAAACAAAACGGUACAACAAAAUUCCAAAUAUCUCACAGGAAGAACAUCAACAAACAACACAUGUCGCCACAAAAAUAAACCCGCGAUGAAUGCUGGGGCACUGACUGCCACGCCUGCCCGAGCACCACUGGUGUGCAAGACCAUGAACGAGGAUUCUGCAGGUGGCCCUGUUUCUGAGUGAUGGCUGAUUAUCGUUUUGGUUGAGAUCUGUUAUGCGCUAGGUCUCAUAACCUCAAUUUCAGUGGAAGGACACGCAGAGCACCGAGGGCCCAGUUUUAUUAAUGAGAGAAAGUGGAACUUUAGCCGAACUGUGUAGGGACACAAUUGGCCUGAACGGAACAUUCAUUUCUUUAUGCUGCUAAUGGGGGAGCUGGCCUUAUGCGACACGCUCGCCAGCCGAAUCGCACCCCUGGAAUACAUCCCGGAGUUUUACCUUGUUCUCAUCGUUCGAAUCGCAAACAUUAUUUUCUGUAACGCUGAGCUGCCUUUUUGAAGAGGGCCGAGCGCUUUGAUUUCUCUGAACAGUACUUAGGCUACGGAGUGUUUAUCGGAAGCUCAACGCUUUGAUAGUGACAUCUGUUUAAUUACGCGUUACACACUUAACCCAAACCGAAAUGCUCCCCAGUGUUUUUUUUCAUUUCCAGUUUUCUGUUGCCAGAUGUAUUUACUUAUUUGUGUAGCGCAGCAUGAGUAAUGCCGAUUAAAACCCUGCUCGUUAGGACGGGGAAGUGAUAUUAAUUAGCCACUCGUGUCGCCUGCCGCAGCCCCAGCCGACAUAAGCGGCUUUAGUGAUUACGAGCAAAUGAAUUACGACGCGCAAAUAGGCGACGGCCAAAGGCGCUUGCCGAACCCGUACCCCUUGCGGGACGGCGAGAACCUUCGCAUUCGGAAUCCACGACUCCAGUCAGCUGCGUGUCUAAAUGCGGCGAACGGUUCUGAAAUUUAGGUCACUGGGAUAAAAAUAGGAGCCAAUUAGAGGUGCUUAAAGUGCUGAGGUGGCCUUUGACACGCGAGGGACCUCAUUUUCUCUUUCUUUGGUACCUUGAGAAGGUUGUACCUGCAGUGGAGAGCACUUGGGGAUGGUUCGCUGUCUUUCAGUCUAUUCUCAUUUGUGUACAUGAGGCCUGUUUUUCUCUCUCUCUCUCUCUCCUUUUUAACAAUGAGUUCCAUGUGGAAUUUUUGUUUAAUCAUCUUACAAGAGUUUAUUUCCCUGUAACUUUAUGAACGUCUAGUCAUUGUCUCAUAAUUUUCGCCAUGACAAAUUUCUGUUCAUUUUCAACUGGAUAGCAUAACACCGUUUUGGAAAUAAAGCACAUGUGAAAUAAAA